UCGUAAACAAACCAGUGGUGUCGGUCCGUCGGUGGUAACUCAUUGAUGAUGUCUGUCCAGAUAGAGAAACGACGUUAUGACUGUUCAGCAUUACCUAAAGGUUGGAAAAGAGAAGAGGUUCUUAGAAAAACUGGCCUUACUUCAGGAAAAGUUGAUGUUUACUAUUACAGCCCAAGUGGAAAAAAAUUUCGAAGUAAGCCCCAGUUGACACGAUACCUUGGAGAUUCUGUGGAUCUGUCUUCCUUUGACUUUCGCACUGGCAAAAUAAAUCCAAUGCUAGCUAGAAAAAACAAGAAGCCAAGAGGAACACUGUUUGAUUACAGCCGGGGAAUGCGAAAUGAUGCAUCACUUGUACCUCCUAUCCGCCAAACGGCUUCCAUUUUCAAGCAGCCUGUGUCAGUUAUCAAGACACAGCCAUUAAGCAAAGUUAAAGCAGAUAUGAAGCACGGGACACAAGAUAAACCAAAGCAGCUGUUCUGGGAAAAGCGGUUACAAGGAUUACAGGCUUUUGAUGCUCAAACAUCAGUCCUAAGGAAUGUUGACUUACCAGCAGCACUCAAAGCUGUCGGACCAAAUGUGGAAGACCAAACAGUACUGCAGAGUGUGGCCACAGCCUUGCACUUAUUCCCAGGCCCCAUCACUGGUCAGACUGAAGCUAGACAUUACCUGGAAAAAAAUCCAGGAGUCUUUCUUAACCCCUCUCAACCACUUGUUAUUUCAGUCCAGAUCCAGAAUGAAGAUAUAGCGCAGCAAGAGGAGAGGGUAGACCAUGUACGUCACCAGCUGGAGAAGGCUCUCAAGGAGCUUGAACCGUGAACAGUAGAUAGAAUAAGGACUAAAACAAAAUAUAAAAACAUUUUUAGAAUUUGUAAUUUUUUCAUAUAUUUAUUUAGCAUUUGAACAUAAUGUAUGAAUUUUAUCUUUUAGAAAAACAUGAUAUCCGACACAGUUCAGUAAAGCCCAGUGAAUUUGUAAGUAAGGGCGAAAAUUUGUCACAUUUUACAACUGGUUGCAUUAAAUUCUCAGCAGCAAGUGCCUGUUCAUAAGUAUUGAAAUUGAGAUUUAUAUACCUACAUGAUACGAAAAAAAUUCUAAUACCAUAGUUUAUAACAUUGCUCACAUAGUGUGUAUGGAUACACUAAUUUAAGUUCAAUUUCUCAGCUCACAUGGGUUGUGACUUCAAGAAUUCAGGUCUAACAGCUCACAUGCCCUGUGAAUAUUGUACACAUGUUAGAUUCCUCAGCCCAAAGAGUGCUUACUACAUACAAGUUAAGUCCCUGAGAGCACACAACAUGAAGAACAAGUUUGGUACCUCACUUCAGAUGGUACAGUAUGUGAAUACUUAAGUCCCUCUGCUCAUAUUGCCAAUGAACACAUGUUAGAUCCCUCAGCUCGCAUAGUGCAUAAACAUACAAGUUAGGUUCCUCUGCUCACAUGGUCUUCAAACACAAAAGUUAGUUCCUGUUCACACGGUAUGUGAAUAAACAAUUGGGUUCCCAAACACAUGGUCUGUGAAUACAAGUUAGGUAUCCCAACUUGCAUGGCUUCUGAACACUUAUAGUAGGUUUCUCUGCUCACAUGGGGUGAAAACACAUGUGCCUGGCACCUCAUUUUACCAUAACUUUUCCAGCCUUAUUGUUCCAUCCAGGGGUGGAUCCAGGGGGGGUCCUGGGGGUCGGUCCCCCCCCCCCUUUCAUCAGAAAAUGCCAAUACUUUUUCUUUAAUGCAGUAUU